GAUGGAAAAUAACACUGUCAGAUGCGUUGUUCGCUGAGCAAAAGCACGGAUCGAUAAGUCAUCGAUUUAAAAUCAAAUUAUUCCUAUAUUUCGAAGCUGCAAAAGUACAAAGAUCGAAAAUUGUGUUAACUAUAGGGCAAUAGUGCCGUCUGUGGUUAAAUUUGCUGAGUGAAUCCCUCGAGGAUUUCACGGCUUUGGCGAAAUGAAACUGCAUGUUGCGUUUCUGAUAGCGGCAUCAUUAUGCUUGCUCCAUAAACCAUUCGCUGUAGCGGACAAUUUCGAAGAGAAUGAUUUUGCUGAAUUUGAGGAUUUCGACGAGGAUGAGUUUAUUGUGGGAAAUGCAGCCGGCGACCAACAAUCAGCUGGUAGUGUCGACUCCAAUGCUAAUGUAGGGAAAUCCAAUCUCAAUGCCAAUGCAGCUCAAGACGAUGCUAAUGAUUUUGCUGAAAUUGAUGAUAGUGAAGAUGAUGCCGUGGUGGAAGACGAGGAGAAUGAAUUUGAGCACUUCCAAGAUGAGGAGGAGUUUGAAGGUUUUCCCGGUACGAUGAAUGACCAGGAUGAAGUUAAAUUGGCCGAUACAAAAAAAUCCGAACCUAAGUUGACCAUGGCCAAGGUACCAAUGCACUUUAGGACGCACUGGGAUUCAUAUUGGUUGGAGAUGCUGAUGCUAGCCGGUUUGUUGGCCUAUUUCGCAAACUAUUUGUUUGGCAACAAGAAGAACUCAUCCAUUGCCAAUCUGUGGCUAACGACCCACAAGACCUUACUGGAGGACAAUUUUGUACUGGUCGGCGACGAUGGUAAAAAAGAAACCGAAACUUCCACUCUAAGCUUUAUCAAGGAAAGUGAAAGCAUUUACACGCUCUGGUGCAGUGGACGAACCUGCUGCGAAGGAAUGUUGGUGGAGCUGAAAAUGAUCAAACGACAGGAUCUCGUUUCGCUGAUUGCCGGAAUAAUGAAACCCGUUCAGGAUCAGUUACAUAUCAAGGUUGAGAUGUCUCCGGAUUCCAUGGACAAUUUCGUCUUUUGCAUCGCAUCCAAAAAGCAAGCUACAAAGAUGUUCAAAGAAAUGAACGAUUUGAGCAAAUUUUGCACUCUAGUCAACAAAACUGAGGAAAAGUACAACAUACCUGGUUACUCAUUGUUAUCGGAGAUCGCCGAGGCAUCUUCCAGCUUGUUAGAUAGUAGACUGAUAGCAGCUUUGAAUAAGUAUUCACACCUAAUAGAGUAUAUACAUGUGUCGGACCAGUUUAGUGGCCCGGUUCAGCAGGAAGAUCCCAACACCUUGAAGCAACCCGAAGUUAAGCGUAUUUUACAUUGCGGCUUCAACAUGCCAGCAAAGAUCGAUAUGGAAGAGAUGAAACCGCUUUUGGUUCUUGUAUUUUAUCUCAUGGAACGUAUCAAGCGCUUCCGCCUUUCGAAAGAGGGCAAAUCAAAGUCUGACAAAAACCGAGCUCGCGUCGAGGAGGAAUUCAUGAAAAAUACUCAUGCCGCCCGCGCCGAGGCUGCUGCACAAAGACGCGAAGAGAAGCGUAAGGCCGAAAAGGAGAAGGUCCUGGCCAACGAUGACCCGGAGAAGCAAAGACGUUGGGAGGAGAAGGAGCGAAAACGUCUGGAGAAAAAGCGUCCCAAGAUGAAACAGUUGUCAAUCAAGGCACUUUAAAGAGACGAUCAAACGUGUCAAGAGAUUCGAUUUGCAGUUUUCUGCCCGAUUAUCUCAAACAUAAAACCUCACACAUUGUUAAGCUAGUGAAUAACAUAAUUAUUCGUCGGUAGAAAAAUCUAUGAAUCAUUUUCUUGAGGUUAGUAGCAAAGAAGUUUGUGGACAAAAAUAAAGGAGUUUUCUUUGCCCUGUAAAC